AUGAAUUUUGACUUUCUAUCGCAGACAAUUCCAGAGCAAUCACCUAAUUUAAAUCAUCAAUCAUCUUUUUCAACUCAUAAUAAUAGUAAUAAUAAUGAAGAAUUUAAUCAAUUAAUACUGCCAAAUCCAAAUAAUACAAAUGGUUUUCAAUCAUCAAAUAAUUUAUCAACUUUUGAUUUUCUUGAUUAUUUACUGUCAAAUGAUAAUACUACUAUAAUUAAUAAUAAAAUUGAUGGAAAAUUAGAAGAAUCUUUCCCACCACAACCUCCAUAUUUACAAACUCCAAAAACUACUACAAGUCCUACUUUUUUAAAUCAACAACCUUUAAUUGGAACUAGUUUUUUAAAUCAAUCAACUCCAGCUAUAUUAUCUAAUAGUAGUUUUUUAACUAGUUUACAACAAAAUAAUCUUUCACAAAUUAAUAUAAAUACUAAAUUUUCACCAAUAAAUUCAAAUUUUUUAAAUGUUAAUCAAAAAAAUAGCAAUAAUAGUAAUAAUGAAAUUUCAACUAAUACCCCAAAUUCCGUUUUAGGUUUAAAUAAUUCUCCACAACAAUUUACUCCACCAAAUAAUACCAAUGAUAAUUCGCAAAUGUCAUCUGCAAAUACUUCAAUUGCUGAAAAUCCAAGUCCAACUAUUGGGUUAGGUCUAAAUACUGCAACAGCGAACCAACAAGUAACAGAUUUUGAUCAAAUGAAUCAUCAACAACCUAAUUUAUUUAUUAGUACUCCUACUCAACAAAGAUUUCCUCCUCAAAGUAAUUAUAAUCAUAAUCAAAAUUUGAGACGAACUUCCCCGAUAACUCAAAAUAAUUUGACAAGUCCAAAUCAAUAUUUAGCUCAACAACCACUACCACAACAGCAACAACAACAAGUGGCAUAUAAUUUAAAUUCUUAUAAAGCUCAAUCUGAACUGAAUUUAAAUUUACAAAAAUUAUGGCAACAACAACUUGAUAAUUCUUUUGAAUAUGAAGACUAUGUACAAUCAAUAAAUGGUUCAUUAGAUCAAAUUCCUAAUUUAGAUGAACCAAUGGAAGAACCAAUUCCAAAUUCUAAUAUUAAAAAUGAACUUUCAUCACCUAUUCUAGAAGUAAAUCAUAUGAAUCAAUCUACUGCAAAUGAUUCUCCAACUACUAUAGAAAUUACAAGUCCUCAGUCAUCAGAUGAUGAAUUAACAGAGAAUAAAGAAUAUGGUCAUGGUCAUAAUAUAACAGCUGAAGAGUUACUUAGUAAUGAUAUUUUUGAUGAUCUAAAACAAAAUUCUAAUGAUACAUUUAAUGAAUUUGUAAAUAUAAAGAAAGAGAACGGUUCAAGUCAAGACGUCACCAGAAUAAUUAAAAUUGAAGAAACAUCACCAAAAUUAAAACCAAUUUCCACUGGUGAACCUACUAAAAUAAAACAACAAAAAUCAACUUCUACAAUAUUACCAAGAAGGAAAAAGAAUUCAGUUUCAGGACCAGCAAGUUCAUCAAAAUCUAACUCCAAUAAGAAAGUUCUUAAAAAAUCUUCAUCAUUUAAUGGAACUUCAACAUUAUUAAUAAAUCCAAAAAUACAAUGGACUAAAAAUCAAACAACUACAACAACAUCUCCAACAACAUCAACUUUUAAGACUUCAAGAACAAACUCGUCAUCAACUUCAAAGAGAUCGCUUUCCAAUAGUAACAAUCACAUAGAUUUAAUCAACUCGAUGCCAGUAUUCACAUCAAAUAAUCACUAUUCAUUUGUUUAUGAAAAUGUUGAUACAAUUUAUCAAGAAGAUUUAGAAUUAAACUCGACUAAUAAAAAAUCAGAUUCAACGAAUUCAUCAUCUGCUACUUCAUUAGCUACUCAAAAACAAAAUAAUUUAAAAAGUUCACCAGCAAGUAAAAAUUUGAAAUCAGGAUUAAUUGAAUUUCAAAUAGAAUUAAAAAAAUGA